AUGGAUUAUUAUUCUUAUGAAGAAUUCGAAAACUAUACUUAUGAUAACGAGAGCGUGGUCGUGUACAAAUCGAACUGCCCGGGGAAUGUCCUUUGUGUCUCUCUGCUGGUGAUCAUCGCGGUCCAAUAUGUGCUGGGAUUUUGCGGCAACGGGCUGGUCAUCUGGAUAUCUGGUUUCAAGAUGAAAAAAACGGUCAACACCACGUGGUACCUGAGCCUGGCCAUCUCUGACAUUGUCUUUUGCGCCUUUUUGCCCUUCGCCAUCAUCAAUACGGCGAUGGAGAAGUGGAUCUUCGGAUUGUUUUUGUGCAAGUUUACCAGUUCCGUGCUGUUCCUCAACAUGUUCAGCAGCAUCUUCCUCUUGGUCAUCAUCAGCAUCGACCGAUGCGUGUCCGUCAUCUUUCCCGUCUGGUCGCAGAAUCACCGCACUGUACGAAAGGCUUCCGUCGUCGUCGUCCUCGCUUGGGUUCUCGCCAUCGGUCUCAGCCUUCCCUCUGCUGUCUUCCGCGACAUUCAUAGUCAAAGGGGUAGGAGCGUUUGCUUCAACAAUUUCACAUCACCACAGACUCAUAAAAUAAUCGCCAUGAGUCGCUUUGUGGCAGGCUUUGUUGUGCCUUUCAGCGUGAUCACCAUUUGUUAUUCGAUCAUUAUCCUCAAACUUCGUAUGAACAGAAUGACCAAAUCAUCGAAACCCUUUAAAGUCAUGACGGCGCUCAUCGCUACUUUCUUCAUCUGUUGGCUGCCCUACCAUGUGUUCGUCCUGCUUGAAACAAACCAGCAACACUUCCGUCAAGAUGUGCUAAAAGCCGGACUACAAAUCGGAACCACUCUAGUGACAGCCAAUAGUUUCCUCAACCCUGUGCUUUAUGUGUUCAUGGGGAAUGACUUCCAACAAAGGUGUAUGAGCUCCUUAUUGUCAAAGAUGGAGAACGCCAUGGGAGACGAAGGUCACGAGGGGAAUGGGUGA